AUGAACAACACGCCAUCCUCACGCACAUCAAAGCAUGCGAACACCAGAAGACGCAAUAAUAGAAAAGGCCAGCAGCAGCACUCGCUCGUACAGACGCCCAUCACCACUCUCCCUGAAUGUGCUACCAUGCACCCACCACCCCCGCCGGUGGAAGACACCACGAUGGAUAGCAAUGAGAAGCAGGAACUCGUAGUAGAUACCCCGCAACUGGACUUACUCCAGUUAAGGGAUGAGGACGAGGCAAGACAGGUUGUGGAAGAGAUCCCUCAGCCCGUAUCUGGGGCACGGAGCGCUGAUGAACGCAGUGCUCCCGCGGAACGCGACGGUCCGAAUGAGGAUGCGCUUGAUCUCACGUUCAACCCCUUUUCUAGUGUUAGCGACAUUAGCACGACCGCUGAGACUCACAACUCGCUUUACGAACAUCGUGAAGAGCCUAUGCCACAACCAGAACCGGAGAGACCAGGGGGAUUACGUUCUUCUGACGACAAUGACGGAGAUACAGUAGAGCGGAACGUUCCCCGCUAUGGUGCGUUAUCAGAUAUCUUGGAGGCGAGUCGCUCGGAGGAACCAGAGCGCGGUCCAGGACAGAUAUCCGAAGUAAUGCUACUGGACUCGCCGCCAGUAUCCCCCGCUCGGGCCCCGGGUCGUACCCGGGCACCUAUUCUUGCUUCGCGUAAUCCUACGUCACCAUCUUCUCUCUCACGACAGCUGCAGAACGUUCAAGCCUUCCUUCCAACCUCUCCGCAGCUUGGAUUUACAAAUCCCUUGUCUAACUUUGCUGCACCCCGGAUUUCUAAUGUCACAGUUAGCGGAUCGAGCUUUCAUUAUCCUACGUCCAGGCCAUCUACCGACCCCUUUGUGAAUGCAAAGGAAGCGAGACGCCGAAGCACGGGAACGUCCGGAGAAACUAAGGAUCGUGAUCGUGCACGACUCAGAAUGACUCCUCAUGCCUCUAAAUCUAGCGAAUCUGAUGAAGAUGCCAUGCCCCCAUCUACCAUCUCAGAACAUACUCGAUAUCCAACGACAUCUGGAGGUAAGGACAAAGUUGUAUUCGCGUCGUUCGCGACGUUAGCAUAUCCUUCGCCAUCGUCCCCGCCAAGGAGGUUACUAUUCGUUGGAUACGAGAAUGGCUUACAGACAUGGGAUACCACCCGUUUGAGUGAAGUCCGUGAGCUUCUUAAUCGCCGCAUGCCCGGAGCAGUCGCCGCAUGCAGCAUCUUGCCUACUCCGAGAUUACCUCUCCGUCAGGAUUCAGUCAGGGACGUGUAUGCCCCCCUGAGGCCGUUGCUCGGAAUUGUAAUUGAGGAACAUGAUGCAAGCUAUCUCUUAGUCUACUCACUGGCUACCCACGAAGAAAUCAAGAAACUUAACUUUUCGGGCGCUACUGUCAUGUCAAUUCGAGCAAGCAGUUCUUUCAUUGUCGUUAGCACCACUUCUCCAUUCUCUUUGCAUAUAUUAUGCUCUCGGACUUUUAACAUUUUACACACCAUCCAAACACGUCAAUUGUCUAUCUUUUCGCGACCUGUAUCAUUGCACACACCCGAGGGCUCUGUAGAAACUAUCUAUUCCGCGCGGCAAGACCGCCCUCAUGCCGUAUUUACCCUUUCUUCGCGAUUGCUUGCAUUCGCAUCUGUUUCUCCAGCAUCGGAGUCUUCAUCCAUUUCUAACAUCUACCCACGCAUGGCCGUUCCACAGAUGCCUUCUAUUCAACUUGGAUCACUGAAUGUUACGCAGGCAGACAUAGGAAAUGCUGCCCUGAAGGUGGGUGGUGGGUUCUUAAGUGGAAUGAGGACACUUGGAGGGAUGGCAGUAGCUGCUGCGCGUGGAGACAGGAGCACUUCUUCUCCGGAUCCAGGGGGUUUGCGAAAGUUCUUCUCCAGAAGUGCACCUGCCGGUUCUCACAGUAUUGGCCAUGAACGGAGUCCAUCUAAUGUUCAUGAUUCAGGAGCCGAUGGGGCGGACCAGACUAGGUCUGGGUCGGCUUCUUCUGUGGACUCCGUUCAUAUUACGAUUUUAGACUUACAGCCGCUUCUCGAGGACCGGGAUACAGGAAGGCCGGAACUACUUUUGAAUUUCUCAUCACCGAAUAGUCAGAUAGUAGCCGACUUGAAGUUCUCCGAGGAUGGGACGAACUUGAGUGUUAUUCCAGAAGAUGGUGGCACAGUUCGUAUGUAUCAAAUCAAGCCGACUUCUCGCGUCUUGCGAUCCACGUCACUGGAUGCUGGUCCUGGUCCUCGCGACAAAGUUGCAUCAGGCCCCACACGAAGGGAUUCCAGUGGAAGUAUAGAGAGUCGUCCCGCUUCCGGGGAAGCCUCGACGAUGACCACAUCCUGGCAUCUCUAUGAUCUGCGUCGAGGUCGAACAAGUGGCAUCAUUGAAUUCACGGAUCACUCCACUGACGGUCGUUGGGUUGGUAUUAGUACUCGGAAACGUACGAUUCACAUAUUCGCUACAAAUCCGUAUGGUGGAAAGCCAGACGAUGCGAGUCACAUCGAGGGAAGGGUUAAGAACGCAAAGGAAAUUCAACCGCUUUCGACUGAAGUACGGCCUAUUGUAAGGCUUCGUUCUAAUCCAGUCACUUCACCGGAGCAACUCGCGAUCCCAUUGGCUUUCACGUUCAUCUCGUCAUCCACGGAUUCACUGCCCACGAGAUUCUUACCUCCGCAGGGCACAUUCUCGCCACCAUCAUCCGUGUCGUCAUCGAUCCCUUCUUCAAUACCUCACCGACGGACACAAUCCGUCUCACCAAGACUUCAGACACGGCCUACGAACUAUCAGGAUAUUCUUACGUUUGACCCAGCAGAUGGAUCACUGUCGUUACGCCGAAUGACUAUUACGGUCUCCGAGGUGGGCUCCUCGAUGUUGGCUUCGUUGCCUAUACCUACAGGAACAAGUAUCUCACUCCCUGGAAUGGGCUUUAUGGGACGCCCAAGCGCAUCACCACCGAAACCUGCUGGGCUUACUUCCACAUCAGCUAUGUCAGAACAGCUGGCAACGGAAUUGGUUGCGAAGGAUGCGACCAUUGCAACUUGGAACUUGAUGAGAGAUUCGAAAUGGAACGACGUUAAGGAGCCACUGGUUGUUCCGCGAGAGCAGCAAGAACAGCGACGGACCUUUACAAAGUCGGAAUGGCUUGCACAAGCCGAGCUGUCGACCCACUCCCGCUCUACACAUAUACUUCCCGGCACAAUUUAUCUCUCUCAUCAGUUCUCUUUCUUCGCUCUCAGUGACGACUACCACGCGCUCGUCCGCCGUCUGCACUUUGAUAUCCCGGUUCAUAAGAUUGAUGUGCGCAGGGAAGUAGAGGCUAGUGCGUACGCAACCGGGCAUGGCGAAUCUUUCGUCAGUGCCGCAACUACUCCGCACGCAGUGCGGGCAGGUCAUUCAUUUGAUGAGCCGCUUGCAUCGGCUAUUUAUUCGGGUUUGGAGUAUUCUGGAUCAUCGCCUCCCAUAAUACCGAUGCUCCCUAACGGAGCUCGCCCUGGUUCAUUCAGAACUGCGAUACCAAUACGCAGCGUGGCGGCGAACUUGACGGAAGGUGUAAACGAAGGCCUUGGAAGGAUCAGCAGAGAGUUCAGGAAGGUACGCUCACCGAGAAUGAACCCGUCGCGCACGGACGAAUCAGUUCCUUUGGAAUUCGACGAAGAGGACGAAGCGUUCUUGAGUGAACAUGCGCAUGAUAAUGAUAAUGACGCGAUGUCCAACUCGGGCUGUGGGCGAGAUUCGCAUUCGGUCUCAACACCGUCAACGAAUAACAAUAUGCCACUUCCUGAGACUGGACCAGAGCCAGCUGACGCUGGUUGGCUUGAUGACAUGGAUGCAGUUGAGGAGACCGAGCGCUUUGACGAGAUCAGCGCGGUGGGACUUAUGGAGGAGGAUUCGCCCGAGCAGCUAAUUCGAGUUCUUCAGAAGGGCCGAUCCUCACGGAAAGGAGGCAGGGGAAAGGGACUGUAG